GGCUGCCGUCUUGGCACAAGCCAAGAAGGUUACUGGAAAGGUCAGCAGCUGAAGCAGGAGGGACAGGAGGAGGUUAAGUCGCUCCGACUGCCCUCAAUGGAACAGGUGUCGCAGGCCACCUGCCAGCCAGUCUACGGCGACCUGCGGACAGACUGGUUUUCCCGAUCUACCGCCUGGAAGACUGUGGGUUCCAGCUAA